CCGGAAGUGGGAACUUAAAAAUGUAAAUUUUUUUCCAGACUUCUACAGUAACAUCAUACAUAUAUAUAUGGAUAACGGAAAUUAAGCCUCAGGUAAAGGAAGAUGCAAAGGUUGUGAAAACAAUAGGCAAGGAAGAGACAGUCAAUGUUGAAAGCGAGAAGCCUAAAAUUGUAGCAGUAGAAGAAGCUGAAUCACACAAGCCAGUUGUUGCUCGUAAGGAGAGGAACAUCAAUCUUCCGCUUGACUUGGAAAAGACUGAUAGAGAUAGCGGCACCGCUAGUGUAAGCGGCAACAAGAAGUCACACUUUCACCAUAAUGUUCAGAAGCUGCAGCUGCAGCAGUCACAGCACACUCACAAUGAAAAAAUUGCUCACCAUAAAAGACACCUAGAAGUAGAACGGUGCUAUUUAUCAUCAGUCCCUCCUACAAUCUCACACUGCAACAAUGGCUUCCAAACCUGAUCACCAGCUUCAUUUUGUUCUGAUACCCCUAAUGGCUCCGGGCCACCUAAUCCCCAUGGUAGAUAUGGCCAGAGUAUUGGCACAACGUGGUGUGACAAUUACCAUUGUCACCACACACCUCAAUGCUGCCCGACUCAACAUGACCAUUGACCGAGCCAUUGAAUCUGGGCUCCCAAUCCAACUCCUCCCACUCCGGUUUCCAUGCAUUGAAGCUGGCUUGCCUGAAGGAUGUGAGACCCUAGAUGCUCUCCCCUCACGAGAGUUUUCCAAGAAUUUCUUCCAUGCAGCUAGCAUGCUGCAACAACCAAUUGAACAAUGCUUGAAAGAACUUCAGCCUCAGCCAAGUUGCAUGAUAUCUGAUAAAUAUCUUCCCUGGACAUCUGAUAUUGCUCACAAGUUUCAGAUUCCUAGGCUGAUUUUUGAUGGAACAAGUUGUUUUUCUGUCAUGUGCAUGCACAACAUACAAAUCUCCAGGAUUUACGAGAGGGUUUCUGAGUCAGAGUCCUUUGUUGUGCCUGGUUUGCCUCAUCGGAUAGAAUUGACUAAAGCUCAGUUACCCCCAGUCUUCAAUCCAGGCUCGGUAUUAUUGAAAGAUCAACUCCAAGCAAUUAAAGAUGCAGAACUAAUAGCGUAUGGAUUAAUUGCUAACACUUUUGAGGAGCUGGAACCAGAAUAUAUCAGAGAAUGUAGAAAGGUGAACAGAGGUAAAGUUUGGUGUAUUGGCCCAGUGUCACUUUACAACAAGAACAACUUGGAUAAGUCUGAAAGAGGCAACAAAGUCUCGAUAGAUUCAAUCCAGUGCUUAAAGUGGCUUGAUUCAUGGCCUGUAAGCUCUGUCCUUUAUGUAUGUCUUGGAACCCUCAGUUGUAUUAAACCUCAUCAAUUGAUGGAACUGGGAUUAGGCUUAGAAGCUUCGAAUCGUCCAUUCAUAUGGGUUAUGAGAGAAGGGUACAAAUCAGAUGAGCUCAAGAAAUGGAUUUCAGAAGAAAGAUUUGGAGAGAGAACAAAAGGAAGAAGCUUUCUGAUAUGGGGUUGGGCACCACAGGUACUGAUUCUAUCUCACCCAGCUAUUGGGGGGUUCUUGACACAUUGUGGUUGGAACUCUACAUUGGAGGGGGUGUGUGCAAAAGUUCCAAUGAUAACAUGGCCAUUGUUCUCUGAGCAAUUCUACAAUGAGAAAUAUAUUGUGCAAGUAUUGAGUAUUGGUGUGAGUGUGGGGGCUAAGUGUGCCAUAAAGUGGGGUGACGAAGACAAUUAUGGGGUUAUGGUAAAGAGAGAGGAUAUAAAGAAGGCCAUUGACGUGGUGAUGGAUGAAGGUGAAGAAGGAGAGAAAAGAAGAAAAAGAGCUAGAGAACUUGGAGAGGUGGCUAGUAAGGCUGUAGAAGAAGGAUCUUCUUACCAAAAUAUUACACUGCUGAUUGAAGAUAUCAUGCAGACAUGUCAUCACCAACAAAGCUAAGACAUAAUGGGAUCCUAAAAGUACAAUCUCCCAAAGACAAGAUUGACAGCAAAAAAAGUUCGUUCAAUUAAAAAACAAGGUGGAUACAGGGAUGGUCCAUCUUUGUAUCAGAUAUAUUAGAGUACUUAAAUUUAAAUGCGAUUGUAAGUUUUGUAACAUUUCGUUUUAAUUUGCACAAUGAAACAUAUUUAGAUUACUCUUAGGAUGCAUGGACAAGCCCGUUUUGGCCAAGUACCCGUA